CGGGGCCGGGGCCGGGAAACGGGACGUGCGGAUAAACGGCGACAAAGAUGGUGUGCGGCGGCUUCACCUGUUCCAGGAACGCGCUGAUCGCCUUAAACGUUGUGUACUUCCUCGUUGGGUUGUUGCUUAUCGGAGUGGCAGCAUGGGGCAAGAGCUAUGGCAUCGUUUCUAGCAUUAACAUCAUCGGUGGAGUCAUCGCCGUGGGAGUCUUUCUUCUGCUUAUUGCUGUUGUUGGGCUCAUCGGAGCCUUCAACCACCACCAAGUCAUGCUCUUCUUUUACAUGGUUAUUUUAUUCCUGGUCUUUGUGAUGCAGUUUGGAGUCUCCUGCUCAUGCCUGGCUAUCAACCGAAGCCAACAAGAGCAUCUGCUAAAAUUGGCCUGGAACAGAUUGUCCAACCGUACCAGAAUGGAUCUGGAACAGCAGAUGAAUUGCUGCGGUUUUAUGAAUGACACUGACAACACUGCAACCUUUGCACUUGAUUAUCACAUGUGUACAUUGCCCUGCAAAACAACCCGCUGUCAGACAUGUGGUGAUGUUAUGCUGCAGCAUUCUGGAGAGGCUCUGAGGAUCCUGGGAGGAGUGGGACUUUUUUUCAGCUUUACUGAGAUCCUGGGUGUAUGGCUAGCAGUGCGCUACAGGAACCAGAAAGACCCGCGAGCCAAUCCUAGUGCCUUCUUAUAGUUAUCCCUUCAUUCUCUUCCUACACCCGCCCCGUCUAGUCUCGUGACCAUUGUUCCCUCCACAACUGCUAGUCACAAAGUACCUUUCCCAGGAGUUAAAGUUCAUCAACAAAAAGCACAUUUGGCAAACUAAGGAAGAGUGGCCAUUGCCCCCCCAUUGGCUAAUGCAUGACGGGAUGGAGCAUCUACACGGACCACAACAUCCUGAGUCUCGGCAGCCUGAGCCCCUCCCUCACUGCCAGCCGCCCAUCUCUGACAUAGUCGCUGGGCCAUCACUGGUUUGGAGUCAGACCCGGAACUUGACAUGAAUUAUAUGGAUAUGGAAACAUUUUUAGAAAUCAGACAGUUGAUUUUAUUGCUUUCUUUCCCUGUGGGGGGGUGGGGGGGCAGUAGUUGGGACUGGUCUAAGUGAGCAGAGAUAGUAGUUGUUAGCGUGGAGCCUGUUUUUAUGCUUAUUAAUUUUUUCGGGGGGUGAGGGGAAUUCUCGUUCGUAUAGAAAUGUUUUAGUUCUUGAUUAUGUUUUUUUUUAAAAGAUUAGAGUUAACGUUUAACACAUUUCUAUUGAUUUUUUUUGCCACUUUUAGCGCUGGAUUCCCCUGGGGGGCUGGAUUGAUAGCAAUCUGGAUCAUUGCCAAUCACACUGGUUUCACCUUCUGUAAGAAUCAGCCUUGCACAGCAACAGCACCAUUUAGCUGCAAUGUGGAUUUGAUGAGGUGACAAUAACUCGCACAAACCAAUCCUGCCUUUCAGCAGCAAAGGUUACGUCCCGUCUGAAGCUUCCUUUUUAUUUAAACCCUUGCAUAGGAAGAGAGUGCGAUCAGUUCAUAGAGGUGGGGUAUUUGCAGGUGAGCAGAACGACGUUUGAGAGUAAGAACGGGUGGGUGGGGGGAGGUCCUGGGAACUAACUGAAAAAAGUUUAAAUCAAAGGUGAUAUGGUUCAAUUUAUGCCACAGCAUAAAUUUCACUGUACAGUUCAGGGUUGGCUUAGAGAGAAUUGAUAUCCAAUACUACUGAAACGUGAAUUCUUUUCCUUUAGAUUUGUCUUUCUCCCUAACAACUUUUCAUCACAAGGGGAUGUAAAGGUACAGCUGUGAUUAAGUUUGCCCUCGGACAGAACGCUGAACUCUGGAAUCUGCUGCCCUUUUCUGAUGUUACACACACGGGGUGGCAGAAUAUCAGAGCAGGAAAACCCAAUGCUUGGCUACAGCAUUGAGGGCUUUCAUUACUCUGCAAUUUAGUGAAUUUUCAGUGGUGUGAUUCGCUGUAGCGGGCACGGCCAGGAGCUGUUGCUGUACAUAAGCACAUUCAUGUUGUAUGCCUUUUCACUUUGUGUACAGUUAGACCCUCUUUAUAGCGCUGUCUUUGGGAUGUUGGAAUAAAAGGGGAAAGGAUGGAUCUCAUGGGAUCCAUGAACAAAGUGCAGUAUCAGUGUUAUUGCAGCCACUGUAUUUACACAGUGCUGUGUUUUCUUGACUUUUUAAACUGACCAAACAAGGGGACCCACCAUGGCUGCUGGUGGCUGCUUGGUGGUUCCCCAAUGGCCAUUGAUUUGUACGGAUACUGUGGCCAACUGCUGGCUGUCCUGACUUGUUUCCCCUGAAUUAUCGUAGAUUAGCCCAUGUGUGGGUCUGCUUUAACUGUUUUUAACAAUGAUAAUUAAAGAUUUAUGUGAA